AUGGUGAACAGCACUUGGAGAAAAGUCUCAAUUCCAUUAUAGAUGAAACAAAACUCAUUGACAGUGGUAUCAAGCCAGGGGAAGUUAUAAAAGAUUUAGACAAGAAUCCAGAUAGAUCUUCCUGUGAAGUUCGUGAAGAUGAGAUGACGGAACCAAGAAAGAAAACAACCAGAUGUAUGAAUUUACUCCAGAAACUGGGUCUAAGUGACAUGCUCCCCAUACGCAUGCAACAAAGUGAUGUUCUAGUGAUAGAUGCUUUAUCUCAGAAUGUUAAACCACCUCAAACAGAAAAAGAACUGAGCUCUCAGUAUCUGUACAAACUGAUAAUGUUGGAUUACAGGGCUAGAUUUCUGUCCUGCGAGCAUGAACCAAGUGUCACAGUUUUAGAGAGCCAUGAUGAAGAUGAUUUUUUAAAUUUUUUAGAGGAAACCAUCCAAGAAGAACACAUUGAAGAGCAACACAUUCACCCGAUGGAUAUUCACAUGUCAGUUUUCCACUGUGCUGAGGAUUUUUUGAGGCAGUACAUAUUUUCGAAACUCUCCAGUUGCCAGUUUGGACUGCCCCUGCUGGUACCUAACCCCUUUACACAGGAAACAGAAUUCCCUCUCUGGGCCCUUCGGAACAUCAAGAAGUCAUGGCAAAGUAAAUCUAAAACAGACAGCCCUGGCAAAUACCAGAGCAGACACAUGUUUAAUACACCAGUGCCAGUUGUAUCCUUCAUCAGAUUGGGAGAGUCGUCCAUUUCCAAGUCCCAGAUCUUGAACAGUGUCAUUAGCAAACAAAAGCACAAUGUGUUUUUCCAUCGUCAUUGCAAAGGCAGCACCCGAGACUGUCUCCUCAUGGACGGAGUUGUGGAGAUCGCCUGGUACUGUCCAGCGGGGAAGGAAGAUGAUGUUUUUGACGAUUGUGUGGCUUUUCUGAACCUUCAUGGUGAUGCCAGAGACCAUCCACAGCAACUUGAAUUCAUGCAGUCAGUGAGCACUGUGAAUGUUGUUCUACUUUCAGAACAUCCCUUAGAUGAAAAAAACAAAGACAUUUCCAAGAAUCUUGUCAAGUCUACUGUCCCUCUGAUUGUCCUUUUCUCAGGACAGGAAAAACAUCUGACUCAAAAAAAUACAACAAAGGUGAGAUUAGCUGCCAAAAACAGGAACGAGGCUGAGCUGAAGGAAGAAAUAAUAUCACAUAUCCAACACUGUGUCAACACUUCUGACAAGAAGACAAGCAUUGAAAUAUUUUGUGACAAAGCAAGAAAACAUCAGUUUAAAGUGGACGAAGACAAGAGAUCCUGCAGAGAUGGUCGUGAACAAGCCGAGGAUUUGAUGUCCCUGUUGAGGGAGGAAAGAUCAUCGAGUCUCAAGGAGAAACUUUUACCUCUCCAAGGAAAGCUGUGGCAUGAUUGGUGCCAGAAAAAUAAGGAUCAGUAUCGUCUGAAAUGCAAAGGAACAGAAAGUUUGGAAUGUCAGUUGUACGCAAUCAAGAAUGAGAUGGCUGCUAUUCGAAAGACACAGCUUGAGGCAGCUUCAUCAACCAAUGAAUUCAUGAAGUCAUUUAUAACAUGUUUAACAUCCCCACUUCAUUCAAAAGAGACAAAAUCAUACAUGCUGCAGUGGCUGAGAAUGUUCCUGGAUGAAUUCAACAUGGAUGCACUUGCAGGAUAUGAGGAAGAGUACCGCUCAACAUGGGAAACAUUUAAAUGUGGCCCCAAGGUUGAAGGAGGAUCAACCGACACAGAUCCGCUGCUUAUGAAACUUAACACGAUAUCUGACAAAAUGACGGCUACCACAAUUGAACUUCAGCACAUCAUGAGAGAAACAAGCCAGAUGUAUGAAGUUUUCAAGCCUACAAUUAAACCUCAGAUGGAGACAUAUGAACUUAUAGAGGCUCUUCCUGCAAUAGGAGCUGAGAUGCUGAUGUCUGGGUUGCCACUAGAGCUGAUGGAUGGAGAUGCGGCCCACGUGCCUCUGUUGUGGAUUCAGGCUGUCCUGGACCGUCUUACUGAAACACUUGGAGACAAGAAGGUGUUUGUGCUGUCGGUUCUUGGACUGCAGAGCUCUGGGAAGUCCACACUACUGAAUGCCAUGUUUGGUCUUCAGUUCACCGUGAGUGCAGGCAGGUGCACAAGUGGAGCCUUCAUGCAGCUAAUCAAGGUGGACCCGGCCAUAGUGGACCAGCUGAAAUAUGAGUAUGUUCUGGUGGUGGACACAGAGGGCCUGAGAUCACCUGAGCUCAGUACUAAUACGUCCCUCAGUCAUGACAAUGAACUGGCAACUUUUAUUAUCGGAAUAGGUGACAUCACCAUCAUCAACAUUAUGGGGGAAAACCCAUCUGAAAUGCACGACAUCCUUCAGAUUUGUGUCCAGGCAUUCUUGAGGAUGAAACAAGUUAAAAUCACACCAAGCUGCAUCUUUGUGCACCAGAAUGUUGCAGAGGCCUCAGCCGGCGAGAAAAACAUGGAGGGAAGAAUGAAUCUCCUGGGGAAAUUAGAUGCAAUGGCUGUAACUGCAGCAAAAGAGGAACAAAUCGACUCUGUCACUGGCUUUAGUGAUAUAAUCCAGUUUGAUGUAAAGACUCAAGUAUUCUACUUCAAGGGGCUUCUAGAGGGAGACCCCCCGAUGGCCCCUCCCAACCCCUCCUACAGCCAGAACGUUCAGGAGCUGAAGAACAAGGUGCUCUCCAUCGCACAGUGGAGGUCAGACUGUAGAUUUUCCACACUAUCUGAAGUAAAAGGUCGGAUUGGGGACCUAUGGGAUGGUCUUUUGAAGGAAAACUUUGUGUUCAGCUUCAGAAAUACACUCGAAAUGAUGGUUUACAGUGAUUUGGAAACAAAGGUUGCUGAAUGGUCCUGGAAACUGAGAAAACAUGCCCUGGAAAAAGAGAACGAGUUGCACAACCAACUUCACAGCAACAUCAUCGAGGUUGUGAAUCACACAGAUUUGAUUGUUUAUUUUGGUCAAGUUUACGAUCCCUUGAAAGAGGAAAUAGACAGAUACUUCAAGGAAAAUAGAACCCCAGAAAUCCUUAUUAAAUGGAAAUUAACCGUUGAAAAGCGGUUGGAAAAUCUGAACGGGGAGCUCAUUCAAAACAUCAUCAAGAAAUGCAAAGAUGUCAUCACGAUCAGGAAAAGCAGAUCAGAACUUGACCAAAAGAAUUCUGACUAUGAGGCAGAAUUGCUCAAAAUAAGCAAAAACUUGGCAUCCAAACUAAAAGACCAGAGGCUUACCGACCAGGACGUGGAGAAGCAGUUUGACUCAAUCUGGACGGACUGGAGCACCAGAGUGGAAAAUGAAACACCUCCGGAGAAAUGUGUUAAUGUUAGAGCUGCAGUGGAAGAAGUCUUACAAACAAUUUUUUCUAAUCAGAAGGACAUCACAGACAAGAUUACAAGUGAAAAGGGCCCAUUUAUGUUGGAUGUUAAAAAACACAUAAAUAAAUCAAAAUUUGAUCAAUUUAAAGAGUUUUUCAACAAAAAUCCAAACGACUGUAUGAAUCAGUGUACACGACAAGUGUCAAACAGUGUCCACAGACAUAUUACUGGGAAAGAAGCUGAAGGUAGGGAUUUCAGUGAUAGCUUUAUUCAUGAACUAUUAAGCAUCAUAACAAGUGAGAUCGACAGUUUCACAGAGUCCAAUCAGAUAAAAUCCACAAAAGAAUACCUAACUGACCUGUCUGUUCAUCUCUGCAUCAAAGCAGUUCCAACAUUUGAGAGGAUGCAUUCAUCGUUCAGGAAAACAGUAGAUCCUCUAACAUACUUGAAAAGCAAACGAGAUCAGUACCUUCAGAUGUUUAAGAACUUUUGCACAGGAGCCAACUCCAUCACAAUUUUUGCUGAUUUUCUCUGUAAACAGUUGGAACCAGCAAUCAAACAGCAAAUGAAUCAGAAAACCAGUCUUCAGAUUACUGAUUCAUUAACGUGCAACAACCCAGCCUUUAGUGGAAACAGAUCCAAUCUUGAGGAUCACAUCCUGGAACAUCUUGCAAAAAAGCAAAGCUUUAAGGACUAUGAGGAAUACAUUAACCAACCAAAGACCUAUUUUGAAAGAUUCAUCCAAGAACACGUGGAGAAAUAUUGUACAAAUGACAACAUGACAGACAUGCUUAUUGAAAACCUACGUUCCCUGGAAAGUGUGGUUUUAACAGCGAAUACAGAUGUAACAGCAGAAGUGGUUACACAACGUGGUGAUGCCAAAACAUGGCUUGACAGUUUCUGUAAGCAACUUGGAACACACAUGGUGAUAAAAAGAGAGGAUCUGAAAAGCAUUGAAAAUGAAGAUAUUCAGAACCUGACAGAACUCAAAGACAUGAUGGCUAAAUAUAUUAAUGACAUGGUGAUGAAGAUGAAACAACAAGAAAAGCAGAAUUCAAGAAAUGAGUCUUUUGUAACUUUGAAAAACCAAGUCACCGAGCACCUGUUAGAUCAUCAUAAAGGAUGUUGGGCCCAGUGCCCAUUCUGCAAAGCCAUCUGCACAAACACCAUCCCUGACCACGAUGGUGAUCACAGUGUUACGUUUCAUCGAUCUCAAGCUUUAACUGGCUGGACUUGGGAAGACACAGAUCAUUUUCAUAUUGACUUCUGCACCACAUCUAUAAGCAGUGAUAAUACAUUCCGCUAUCAUGGUGGUUGGAUGCCCUUCAAGACAUACAAAGAUGCUGGUGAACCAUAUAGUCGUUGGAGCAUCACUGCAGAUGGUAGCAAUCAGAAAUACUGGAAAUGGUUCCUUUGUACAUUUCAGUCACAGUGGGAGAAAGAGAAAGGAUUACAAUUUGCUGGCAAAGGUGAAAUCCCUCCGGGCUGGAAACAGAUCACCAGAGAAUCAGUACUGGAAGAACUCAAGUAACUGUCCCAGCAAAUACAGAACAAACCAUGGCCAUGAAAUAUAUCAAACUAUUAUAACUACUAGUAAUUACUCACUUGUUCAUCAUGAUUAUUGAACUGAAGGGAGAGCAUGUCUGGCUACCAGAGAAUUAUUUUAUUCAGUUUAAGUUGUAAGAUAUAAUUGAACCACCAGUGGUCAGGAAUACAUGACUGGACAUCUUUGAUAACAUGAAGAGAUGUCAGGGUCCUGUUGUUGAAUAAAUGACUAACACAAGCUAGCUGUUCAUGAUUUAAGAUGUCACUAAUGUGACAUAUGAGAACGUCACAACUGUAGGCAGCCUGGGGUCGCCAUGUAAACAUCAUCAUUGAGAUGUUAUUGUUCUGUGGUAAUUGAGAUAUAAAUAUUUUUGCACUGUGACUUUGCAGUGUGCCUGCUAAAUACAGACCAGUCCUUGACUCUGAUCACCUAAAUAAUGUUAUAAAUCUGCACUUCUGAUCCUUGAUCUUCUACUGUACUUUCUAUAUUAACUGUUUGUAUUCUAGCUUUGGAUAAGUGUCUGCUAAAUGAAUACCAUGUAAAUGUUUGGAUUUGGAACAAAAAGUUCACCUGUAACUAUAGAGAUGUGUGUUUACUGUGAACAACAUAACUGUGUUUGAGAAGUCUGAGUCGGGUGUCCGACCACAGAAAGAUGAUACCUAUGAGGAUAAACGUCAAAAGACGUUGAUGAUGUCGGCCAUUUUGUAUGAAUAUGAUAUGUUGGUCACACGUAGGAAUAUGCUAGAUAAGUUUAUGCUACUGCAAUAUUCCUAUAUCCAGACAUUAUUAUCCUUAUGAAAUCAAAGAAAGUUGUGUUCUAUUUAAAAGAAACAAUGGUUGCUUUCUAAAAUGUUUUAAUUUCUAAAUGGGGGAAAGUUAGUAGUAAGAAAUAGUUAAUUCACACUGAAUAUGCAGCUCUGAAAAGAGAGCCUGGUUUAUCUUCCUACAGCCUUAUUGGUAGUACUUAAGACUUGUUGACACAAAGAUUGUCCUUCAUGGAUAAAUAACCAAACUAGCAAAGCCUUGUGAUUUCAUGUCAGAAUAAUGUGAGAAACUAAUGCAACACAUGGAAUUAAACACAUUGUUUGCAAAUCAUAAAUUGUUGUACUUGUUUUUCUGUGCAAUUCCUCGAAAACACCCUGUCAGGGUGAGUGGAGGGGUAGGACCCAAACGCAGGAGAGAUGCGAGUCAUUGCAAAAUGAAGGGGUUUAUUAUCCAAAAACGGGAAACAGAUAGGGUACUCACACGGACAUGGGUAAUAAUGACAAGACAAAGACUGGACACAAAACAGAAACCUAAAUACACAGAACCAAACGACACACAGGUGGACACAAGGUGAAGACAAUAGGUGCGUUCGACUUCAUGCAGCGCCGGCGUCGCCUGCAGCCGCCUGCAGCCCGGCUGACUUGAAGCAGCCAAUGGCAUUCUCAACUUCAAGGCAGCCGGCUGCAGCCGGCUGUCGGCGCCGCCGUUGCUGCAUGAAGUUGAACACACCUAGUGACAGGGAAACACUAGAGCAGGGCAAAACCAAAAACAACAGGGGGGCACGGCUGUGGCCGUGACACACCCAGGUUACCAUUUUUCUGGACAAUCAACUUGUUUGUGAUAUAACAAUGGCAGGACUGUCAUGUACCAAAGAAGAGCUUCUUAACGAAUCUGGGAAACCCGGCCAUUGACAAGAAGUGUUUGUACACUAACUUGUAGAAAGUCACACUCUUAUCUUGUGUAAAUGUGACCUUGACAACAACAAUAAAGGGGAAACUGCAGCACAGUUCAUACAUUAUAAGUUUCACUUUAGGAAUAUUCCGGCACAGGGCUAUGAAACCACUUAAAACCACACAAAGUUCUGGGUAUUUAAGACAAACAAGUUGUAACUAACCCAAUUUUGCACUACUAUGAAUGUUUUGCCCUUGUUACAUGUUUUGCUUGUUUUCUUAUUUUUCGUUAUGCAUUUCUUGUUGUAAGUUAAAUGCUUUUAUUCUGAAGGAGGCUCUGGGUUAAAAACGGUAAUAGAGUUAUGCGCUCGAGUACGGUGAGAGAAAAAAGGAAUGGAGAAUACGACUGUUUAAAAAGUAAAGAAAUACUUACGGUAUUAGUGCCCCCCCCGAAGAGGCAAAAGGUUUGUCAAUGUUUAAUAGAUAUAAUAAUUAACAACUGUAAUAACUGUGUAUUUGUUCUUAAACAGCAUUGUUAAUUGCUAGCUAUGUGCAUAAGCUAACAUUUUCUGGUUUAGGUGAAAUCCCUCAGAGCUGGAGAGAGAUCACCCUAGAAUCAGCACUGAAAGAACUAGCUAAAGUAACUGUUCCAGCAAAUAUAGGACAAACUAUAUUUAAUUUCUUUAUUGUUAUGAUUAUCGAACUGUGCAUAGAAGGCCAUGAAGGGAGAGCAUUUGUGGAUGUCUACCAGUGAAUCAUUUUCAUAUCACAGUUUGCAACAUGAAAUGGGUCAGUAAGAUAGACGUUGUAAUUAUAAUCAGUUUAAGUUGUGAGAUAUCAUUCGACCACUAGAGGUCAGUAAUAAAUGUCUGGACAUCUCUGAUAACUAGGAAGACAUGAAGAGAUUUCAGGGUCUUGUUGUUUAAUAAAUGACUAACACAAGCUAGCUGUUCAUGAUUUAAGCUGUCAUUAAUGUAUUAAUAAUGUAAUAACAUAUAAGAACGUCACAACUGCUGUAAGCAGCCUGGGGUCGCCAUGUAACAUUGUUAAGAUGUUAUUGUUCCAUGGUAAUUGAGAUAUAAAUAUAAUAACUGCACUUCUGAUCCUUGAUCUUCUGCUGUACUUUCUAUAUACACUGUUUGUAUUCUAGCUUUGGAUAAGUGUCUGCUAAAUGAAUACCAUGUAAAUGUUUGGAUUUGGAACAAAAAGAUCACUGUAACUAAACGUAGAUACGUGUGUUUGCUGUGAACAACAUACCUUGAAGUCUCAGAGAAGAGAGUCCGACCACAGAAGAUGAUAACUAUGAGGAUAAACGUCCAAAGGCAGAGAUGAUGUCGGCCAUUUUGUAUGAAUAUUAUAUGUUGGUCACACAUGAUGUAGGAAUAUGCUAGGUUAGCUUAUGCUAUUGCUAUAUUAUUUUAUAUCCGAACAUUAAUCAUACGAGAUCUGUGUAACAAAAAGAAAGUUGUGUUCCAAUUGUAUUUUUUUUUUUAUUGCUAAAUGUGAUAAAGUUGUGUUAAUUGACACUGAAUAUGUAGCUAUCUGAAAAAAGCCUAGUGUUGUUUAACUUCCUACAGCCUUAUUGGUGGUACUUAAGACUUGUUGACACAAAGAUUGUCCUUCAUGGAUAAGUAACCAAAGUACCACAGCCUUAUUGUGAUUUCAUGUCAGAAUAACGUGAGAAACGGAUGCAACACAUGGAAUUAAACAUAU